UUUUUUAUGUAUCGUUCGCAGGUUUUCCUUCUGUGUUGCUCGUCACGAUGGCGUCGAGUAAAAGAGCAGUGCGCCAAGAAGAUACAAAUCUUACAAAACUUCGCGAAAUCGGUGCGCGACUCGAGAAUAAAACGUGUUUCGACUGCGGACAAAAAGGUCCGACUUACGUGAAUACGACAAUUGGCUCAUUCGUCUGUACCCACUGUUCAGGGCUCCUACGAGGUCUGACUCCUCCACACCGAGUCAAGUCAAUAUCCAUGGCGUCUUUUACACCCGAGGAAUUGGAUAAUCUCUCAAAACACGGUAACCACUUUUGCCGGGGAGUGUGGCUCGGGAGUUACGACGAAAAGCUAGGUUAUCCAGAUUUUAAAGACGAACACAAAGUUCGUGAUUUUAUGAUCGCGAAAUACGAGAAGAAAAAGUAUUACGUUGAUCCGUCGAUUGUGGAACGUUUGGAGAAAACCUCACCAAAAUCUGGAGCCAAGCCACUGGCUUCUUUAGUUCCCCAAGUCAGUCCACUGAACGUACGUGGAACAAAUUCUACCCCUAGUGCGAGUGCUUUUGACGCGUGGAAGACCACCCCAAAAUCGAAUGCGGAUUCCGGAGGCGUGAAGCCGAAAUUCGAUCCUUUCGGAUCACUUCCGAACACUCCUACACAUUCUGCGAUAAGUCAGCCGAACUUCGCUGACUUCGACAACAACCCGGUCUUCCAAACUGCUGCAAGUCACAAGCUAAAAGAGACGCGCUUGGGGCCCACGGAGCCUCUUGGGCAGUGGGGCCUGGGCAGUUGCUUAGGGAAGGAGCUACUAAAGCCUGAUCAGGGCAAACCAGGCCUGGGCAGGACUCCGGAAGCUUUCUUGAACCCUGAUCGCGGUAGACUCUUGGUACGAAUCAAAAACAGCGCUGGCCCUGCACCUGCCAAAUCAACGAAUCCUUUCGUUGCGAAUGGGGGCAAUGCUGAACUCGUUGAUAGUUUCGCAUGGGCACAAAUUGUCCAAAGCGUACCCGUGUUGUCGGCGUUGUUGUUGUUGUUGUUGUUCGAGUCGAGUGAUCACGCGUUGUUGCGAGGCUGGUACCGCGGCGAAGUGGCGCCGAUGGCGAAUCCCUGGGGCGGCGCUAUGCAGCAUCAGUCUGGCGUCCCGUUGUCCAUGUCGGUCCCGAUGGCCAUGUCAUCUGGCAGUCAGCUGGGUGGCGGGUCAGGCGGAGGCUUUGGCAACUCGCAGACGGUGUUUGGAAACCCGUGGAAUGCGUCUGGGUUCGCCACCGGCGGCGGCAGUUUCAUGGGCUCCACUCCGAAUCCGUUUGCUAUGGAGCAGAGGCUGACGACGGGCACCACGGCUCCGACAACAUCAAAGAACAACCCGUUUCUGUGAAGUGAAGUCAAGUGCAAAAAGAAAUGAAGGUGGAUGAAAAUGGCGGGGGUUUUAGGAGGAGGAAGAAGAAGAAGAAGAAAAAAAAAAGGCGGUCAGAUAAUCAUGGCUGCUCUGCGAAACCCCCCAUUUCUUCUUCCUCUGGAUCCCUCUGAGGCGGUCAGGAAGUUCCAGUCCAUAUUGAAAUCUUUCGAAUCUGAUGCAUUUUUCUGUUCGUUUAUUUGUUUUGUUGGUUUGUUUGUUCAGUUCCCCCUCCCUACCAUCUCCUGGUCUGAUUCUGAACUCGAGUCAGAUUGAAAAAUUGUAUCGUUUCUGGUUUUAUUUUCGAAAGAAAUUUCUUUGGGACUUUCUGGUCCUCCUUGUUGCAGGAACCAAGGUUUUUUUUUGUUCUUGUGUUUUUUUUUUUUGAGCACAGAAGAGACUAUUUGGUCGGCAGUCCACUUUGAAUGGACUGGUGCAUUAUUUUUGUUACUGAGAGCGAGCCCAGUGAUACCCUGCGCAAUGAGUGCGUGGAACAAGUCUCCUUUGUUUUUGUUUUUCUACCAACCGAUCAAUCAAUCGAUGAAUGUACGCACAUUGUGUAAGGCGGAGCUGCUUUCAGGAGGGAGAAAAGUUGAAGUACAGUACGUUUUCUUUUUCUGUAAUGGAGCACAAAACGAAAAAGUCCAGCGGCGUUUUUGUUUUUUUUGGCGUCCGAUAACGCUUGAAAUUAAUUUUGAAGUAAAUUUGGAAAAGCACACACACACACACAUGCCUUUUUGCUGAAUCUUGACUAUGAUUGAUUGUCUCAAGUUUGUGGAGGAGAGAGAGAGAGACCUUUUGUUGUUCAUGCGAUAUAAACAUUUUUCUAUGAUGGAUUGAACAGUGUGUGUGUGUACCAUGAGUCAUUCAGGAAAGAGAAAAAUUCUACUGUCACAAAACGCAAAUUUUUAAUGAUUGUCACAGCCUUUCCUUUUUUUUGGACAAUUUUGGAGCGAGUGGAAUUGUAGACAAAUGAUAUGAAUUGAGGCUAACGGUGAUUUGGUGAGGUUUUCAAUCAGACGUCAGGUGCAGACGUCUUUUUGUGGAGUGAUUUUAUUUUGGGGUUCAUUCCUCCGGUUAAUUUUUUUUUUCUGCGCGGUCGGAAGUGUUCUUGUUGAGACGUGAUCCUUGGGUUUGAAUUGAUUGGCUUGUUGGAGAUGAGGUUGGGAAGGAGCACGUCAGAAUUUUUUUUGAUGUAGGAUCAAAUGCAUAUGUGGUAGUCCUGAGAAGAGUUACGUUGAGGCUUCAGGCAAGAAGUGCUUCUUAUUUUUUGAGUUUCUUGAAAUUUUCCUUUUUUAUUCAUGUCUGUAAUAGUCGGUUCAGGUGGAAAUUCAUGAACAAUGACGUCAGAUUUUAUCCUGUCUGCUGCGCAAUGCGACAAUAAAUGCUUCAAGUCCAUCUA